UGAACAUUUUUUUGUAUUGAAAAAAUAUCGAACCGUGACACGGUAUAUAUAUGCACACACAAACACACACACACGUCGAGUUAUUGCUUGCUUCAUCAGCAGUAGGCUUGGCUUGCUGCUGCAAUUCUCUCUCCUCCCUAACCUGGAGCUCCAGCUGCAUCAGGAGCCUGCAGAGCAGUAAACAGGAUACAGCACCAGCGACAGAAGGUAGUAUUGUAUACUGCCACACAACAACCAGAAACAGGAAUCUGAGACUCUUGAGCAGCAAAGAGAAGCACAAAGAAAGGACACAACAAGAGCUUGAGGAGGAAACGAGAAGAAAAAAGGAAAGAUGAUAAACAGACACUAGAAAGCAUAAGAGCUCUAAGCAUGCCUGUAUGCUCUGCAUCUGUGCUCUACCUACUCCUCUUGCUGCUGUGUGGACUGCUGGGAGGCUGGGUGCUGUCCAUCUGCCCCGCUGCCUGCUCCUGCAGUGGAGGCCAUCGUGUUGUGGACUGCUCUUCACGAGGCCUGACCAAGUUACCGCCUGGUCUGCAGCAUAACAUUCGCUUUCUCAACCUUUCUUUUAACAGCUUGCACGGUGUGGACAACCAGCUCAGCCACUAUGCCCAUCUGCGCACCCUGGAUCUGUCCUACAACCGCCUGGAGAGUCUCCCCCCUGCCCUGCCACGGUCUCUGUGGGACAUUCGAGCAGCAGGGAACCAUCUACGCUCUCUAGACAAAAAUGACACAGCCUACCACUGGAACCUGAAAGUACUGGAUCUAUCAGAUAAUGAGCUAGAGAGAGUGGUCUUUAUCAAUAACACACUGUUGAGUCUACAGUCUCUUAACCUCAGUCAUAACAGGUUUUGGACAGUGCCCACAAACAUGCCACACAAUCUGGAGAUCAUUGACUUGUCACAUAACUAUCUGUUGCAGAUCCUGCCCGGAUCGUUGGAUCGACUGCCCCGACUGGCCCAGUUUUAUUUGCAUGCUAACCGCUUCACCUGGCUGUCUGAGGGAAUCUUUGAUGACCUAAUAGGACUGGAGAUUAUUACUCUUGGGGAUAACCCCUGGGCUUGUGAAGAAGAAGAACACAUAACAAAGCUCCUUAGAUGGUCAGAGAAAACCCGUGCAACCGUUUUGGGGUGCCCCUGUUAUACAAGACCCAUCUGUGGGCAAUCCCAUUUACCGGUAACCGGAAGGGAAAGGCACUCAGCUCGGUUUACGGAGCCACCACUCUGGGUUAACAACAGAAGUGAAGGGCAGGAUGUUCAAUUGCCCCCAAGGACUGUAGAGAACACACCUAACUAUCAGGCGAAGUCUCCACUUGUUGACAGUGGAAUGUAUCAGGGCAAAGCAGGUAUGAAUGAAUCUGGGGAUCACAUCUGGACAUCUUCAACAAGUAUGGAUAGUUUUUCUUCACACACAAGCACAACAGAACAUCCAAGGUCUUUAACCAAUAAGCCUACACUAACUCGUUUAUAUAAUGAAGGCUGCAAACUGGACAUCAAAACUCAACAAACAGUCAUUCUGUCUGUUAUAGUCAUGACAACUGCACUCACCACCUUCUAAACUACAAUACACAUAGUGUAACAGUUAUUAGAAUCUUGUGGACACUAAAUCUAUAAGUAAUUUCCUGUAUGUAGCAGUUCCAUUUUCAUUUGCCGUAUAAAAACUGUUGCAACUGUUGUUAUCAUCAUGACAAUAUCUCUUAAAAUCCUGUACACAAAGAAAAAUGUCAGAGGUAAACAUUUAGAUUAUUGCUUGAACACAUGCUGCUGGGUUCAUUUAUUAGUUGAUUCCUAAUCAAUGCUAUUGUGCUGUUUUGGUCCUACCAAGGCAUUUAGAACAGUGCUGUUCUAAAUACAAAAUGCUUUCCAAUUUACCAGUUAAAGACUAGCAAUAGGACAGUGUGUAAUACACACACGUGAGCAUGUUCUCCUCCCGUUCCACUAUGGGGACUGCCCAACUGCCUGCAGAGAGUCUGUUGUCAGACGGAAGCAGUGUUUAAAGCAUGUGAGCCAAUCUGUGAGACAGUUUUGCUCAUGUUGUUGCUGUUGGUGAGUCAGCCAGCCGCAAAGGAGAGUGAAGCUAUAACAUAUAAAGAGCUCAAGUGAGAUCGAGUGUUAAACAUAGUGAAAAGUGUGCACUACGGCAACUGUGCGUUUCAUGCUGUAUUUUUUAAUUUCUGAAGUUUUUUUUCCCCCCAGUUCUUCUGUUCCGAGUGAACUCGACUAUCGCUAUUGCUUCCUUCUCUAUUCCAGGCCACUGGUCAACCAAUCAACUUUCAGCAGUCUCAUCUGCAUGGGAGGACUGCAUGGGAGUGUGUCUUGGGUGGGUGAAAACCCCUCUUCACCCCUGUGCCAGACUGAAAAAUGUAUGCGAAUGAAGAUAUUUGCAGGACUGCAAAUUCCACUUGUGAAACUGAAAGAGGAACGCAAACAGGAAUUUGAGUCUCAAACAACAUUUUACCAAGAGAAACCUACAAGUUGUAUCGCAAGCAUUAUUUAAUUGUGAGCAGCAACAACUUCUCAAGUACAAAAUACCUAACUUUCAUGUUUGUACUGUGUGUAAAAUGUGAUGGACAACCUUGUGACCUGUAUAAAGUUUGGAUGAUGUGUCUGCGAUAAAGUAUGGCUGAGCAGGAAGGCUCCAAAGUGGCCUGGCUUGGUGCUCUUUUUCAGAUGCUCUUCCAUUCAAAUGAAUGGGAAAAAUUUGUUGAGAAUGUUGCAAAAACUAUGUGACGAAUAGCUACCAAAAACGGUUUACAUUGGCAUCCUCAAAAGAGUGGCCUUUAUCCUUUAGAUGCAGAUGUACAUUUGAGUCUUGUCUGGUCGAGGUGGCUCUUCUAUGUUGUGCCAUACGUUUAUGAAGUGGCUGUUGGGUUUGUCGAAUGUAGAGGUCUGUUGUUUAGUUUGUCUUUGGGACAAACAAGUUUUUGUCAGAGUGUGCGUCAGUUUCUUUGAUAAACUGGCUACAUAAGGGAUGACAUUUUUGUUCUGUUUGUCAUUCUGUUUCUCCCUAUUUGGUGUCUGACCUUGUUUACUGUGCAUCUUUGCUGAUUUGAUUAAAGUCCAUGUUGGGAUAAAAACAUGUUUUAAGAGCUUUCUUUACAUGUGUGUGUUCCUUUUCUUUCCCUUCUGCCUUAGAGGGAACAUUUUCUGACCAAUAUUGCUGGAUCACUUCUAGUUCCAGAGGGUGGUUGGAGUCAAAGAGUAGGUACCAGGCUGUGUGUGGGCUUCCGGUAAACUUCAAUGUUGAGGUGUCCAUUCUUCUCAAUGUCCAGGAUGCCAAUGUUCACAUUGUGGACAAAGAGGACAGAUGGUUUGAAAGAAGCCAUCUAUGUCCACUGUGAACGACCAUCCUUGAACAGAGGGGGUUGCUUAUCACACCACCUGGUCUGCCACUUAUAAUCCAGUUUGAGAUCCCUUCCCAGAUGCUUUAACGCCCACUCACGUCUUGUGUCAGUUGAUCUCAAUAAGUCACAUGAUAGGGUGAGGCAAGGUCUCACAAUGGUUUUUACCCAAAACCUCUGAUGAUAAUGAUCCACACCCUUUUCACACUUUGGCUCAUGCGAUGAAGCACAUGAUCAACAGUGCUCAACAACUCUAACUCCCACCAGGGCUCAAAAUCUGGGACUCUCCACCAUGUGAUGUAACAAGUAGUAUAACAAAUUACUUUUUCAGAGGAGUAAUUAAGUAACUUACUGCAUUACUUUGAAAAAAGUGUUCUGUAUGUGUAACACUGACUUUUUAAAAUAACGACUCAACACUGAUCACAACAAAGAGGGAAAAUACCCCAACAAACAUGCACAAACAUUUGACCCACAGCAUGCAAUUAAUCUGCCAGUGACAACCGAUAAGGAAUCAAAAAAAUAAGUGAUAUCAAUAAUGGAAUCGAAAUUCCUAAAUCCUUCAUUAAUCCCAUCCCUGGGUGUUAUUACACAAAGACAGAGAGGAGAUUCCAACCAAUCAACAAAUGAUAUUCAAAUGAGCAAGGGGGUGAGCACCCCUGUGUCUGUCAUGUCUUUGAGAGAAGCGGUUUGUAAAAAAUGGCUUAUAAAAAUGGAAACUGCCGUUUCUAAAUGAAGGUGUUUAUUAUUCGGGGGAAACAAAUCCAAACAUAGAUGGCCUUGUGUGCAAAGGUGAUCCCUCCCCUGCCCCAUUAUAACAUAAAUUAACUUUGGAAAGCUGAGUUCAAUUUCUCUAGUCACACCUAGCCCUGAUUACUGAUACACUUCAAUCAAGAAAUUUAAAUAGGACCUGCCUGACAAAGUGGAGUAGACCAAAAAGAUCCUCAAAAGCCAUACAUCAUGUCACGAGCCAAGGAAACCCAGGAACAAAUGAGAAAAAGUAAUUGAGAUCCCUCAGUCUGGAAAUGAUUAUAAAGCCAUUUCUAGAGCUGUGGGACUUCCAGUGAGCACCAUUAUCCACAAAAGGCAAAAACAUAGAACAGUGGUGAACCUUCCAAGGAGUGAAUUGCUGACCAAAAUAACCUUAAGAACGAAGCGAGGACUCAUCCAAGAGGUCACAAAACACGCCAGCACAACAUCCAAAGAACUGCAGGGCUAACAUCAAUGUUCAUGACAAAUUGGGCAAAAAUGGCCUUCAUGGCAGAGCUCCAAGAUGAAAACCAUUGCUGUGCAAAAGGAACAUAGAAGGUCAUCACAGUUUUACCAGAAAACAUGUUGAUGACUGUAUUCUCUAUACUGACAAAGACAAAAGUUGUACCUUUGGAAGGUUUGAGUCCCAUUACAUCUGGUGUAAAACUAACACAGGAUUUCAGAAAAGGAUCAUCAUGCUGUUAAAAUAGGGUGGUGGUAGUGUGAUGGUCUGGGGCUAUUUUGCUGCCUUAGCACAUGGAAGACUUGCUGUGUUAUAUGGCACCACGAAUCUUGCUUUCUACCAACACAUCCUGAAGAAGAAUGUCCGAUCAUCUGUUUGUGACCUCAAGCUGAAGUGCACUUGGGUUCUGCAGCAGGACAAUGAUCCAAAACACACCAGGAAGUCCACCUCUGAAUGGCUUAAAAAAACAAAAUGAAG